AUGGCUCGCUUCUUUGGCCUUCGAGGCAAUAGCCUCAAUAUAAUGGCAAUACUGGGUGUGUUGAUGCCUGGUAUUCUUACAACUGGCUACAACGCAUCCUCCUUGGGGGGCGUCUUGGAACUCAGGAACUUCGAAGACCAAUUCCCUGAGCUCGAUAUCUCUGCCUCCCUCAAUAAAUCUCAUGCAUCAACAAUACAGGGCAUUGUCGUGUCGGCCUAUGCUAUCGGUGUUUUCUUUGGAACGCUGUCUUGCAUAUGGCUAGGGGAUAAAUUCGGCCGCCGACGAACAAUCAUGGCCGGUGCGUCAACGCAGAUCAUCGGAUCUGUCCUGAUGGCAAGUGCAUGCUUCCUUAGCAUGCUUAUCACCUCACGUGUGAUACUUGGUUUUGGUACUGGUGUGCUACUAGCCACCAUCCCGCUCUGGCAGUCAGAGAUCUCUCCUGCCAACAAGCGUGGAGCCCAUGUUGGCAUGAAAGGGAUCUUCAGCGGCCUUGGGUGUGCUCUAUCCCUGUUCCUUGACUUUGGGAUGUCCUUCACAAAAGGCAGUGUCUCUUGGAGAUUUCCAUUUGCCUUUGUGGUGCUGCUUUCACUCGCUGUGUUGGUGUUCAUAGUCUACUUGCCGGAAUCCCCUCGCUGGUUGAUCCGACAAGGGCGCAUCUCCGAAGCCAGUGAGGUUCUGGCCGCUCUUGACAAUACAUCUGUCAAUGACGAAGCCGUACACGCGCAAGUCAAAGACGUUCAGAUGUCAUUGGACAUGGCUGGAAAAAGGUCUCUUGGACAGUUCUUCCACAUGGGCCCACAGAGAACAUUUCAUCGGGCUAUGCUUGCUUUGACAGCUAUGCUGUUCAUGCAGCUCACUGGAUCAACGGUCAUUACAUUCUACACGACUAGCAUCUUCGAGCAGAACCUCCACCUCGGAAACUCAACAUCCACAGUCCUGGCAGCUGUCUACCAACUAGCCGGUCCACUUGGUGGACUAUUCUGUGUGCUAAAAAUUGAAGGGCUCGGCAGACGUGUACUGUUGCUGGGUAGCGCGAUUGGGAACACCAUAUGUCUAGCCCUUGUCGCUGGACUCGGAACCCAAUCCCAAAACCCCCUAGCAAUGCGCGGUGCCGUGUUCUUCAUCUUCUUGUUCCACUUCAGCUACAUUAUCGGUUUCGGUGCGAUACCGUAUAUCUACGCCACGGAGAUUGCGCCUCUCCAUCUGCGAACAACAAUCAACAGCUUCAGCAUAAGCUGCUCCUGGGCCAUCAACAUCUUGAUCACCCUUGUCACUCCAAUCGCAUUCACCAAAAUGGGACAGACCUACUUUGUCAUAUUUGCAGGCUGUAACGCGGCAAUGGUGCCGUUCAUCUAUUACUUCUUCCCCGAGACUGCGGGUCGGAGUCUUGAGGAGAUGGACAAGAUAUUUGCUCUCUCCAAGGGCCUUCGCGACUCUGUGAAAGUUGCACAUCUUCUUCCUCACGGCCAAACUCCCGAUUUCUCUGAGAAAGAGCUUGGUCCGGGUCUCAAAUGCCCUGAGCUUCAACUUCGCGAGGUGCACUCGCCAUGA